GCUCAGUGACGUCACGACGCUCGCUCCUCCUCGGUGACGUGUAGGGGGCGGGGCCAAGUUCCUGGUAUCUGUUCGCUGGCUGGAUGGAUGGAGAGACGCCGAGGGUGAUCGUGUGACGGUGGUUUUCUAGAAAAUGACCAUUGAGGACCUGACUGUCGGGUACCUCGAAGGACACACUCUGCCCGCUGUACAUCGCUUCCAGACGUGUUAUCUGGACUCUUGCCGACCGGUCACCUUUUCUGUUGCUGCCGCUCCAAUGCCAUCUGACUGUGAAUUCUCCUUUUUUGACCCAAAUGAUGCCUCAUGUCAGGAUAUCUUGUUUGAUCCAGACACUUCAGUUUCUGAGCUGUUUGCUAUCCUGAGACAAUGGGUCCCUCAAGUCCAGCAGAACAUUGACAUCAUUGGGAAUGAGAUUUUGAAGCGAGGAUGUAAUGUCAAUGACCGGGAUGGACUGACGGACAUGACGCUGCUUCAUUACACUUGUAAAUCUGGAGCUCAAGGCAUUGGGGACGCGGAGACUGCUGCAAAAUUUGCCUCUUACCUUAUUGACAUCGGAGCAGACGUGAGCUUACGGAGUCGCUGGACGAAUAUGAAUGCUCUGCAUUAUGCUGCUUAUUUUGAUGUUCCUGAGUUGAUACAUCUGAUUCUGAAGGUUUCAAAACCAAAAGAUGUGGAUGCCACCUGUAGUGACUUUGAUUUCGGAACUGCACUGCACAUCGCUGCCUCAAACCUGUGCUUAGGAGCAGUGAAAGCCUUGCUGGAGUACAGAGCCAAUCCGGCCUUCAGGGAUGACAAAGGUCACAUCCCGGCCGAUGUGGUUCCUGACCCGGUUGACAUGCCCCUGGAGAUGGCUGAUGCGGCCGCUGUAGCAAAAGAGAUCAAACAGAUCCUGCUGGAUGCCAUGCCUUUAUUGUGUGACAUCUCACAGAUCUCCCUCCCCAAUUAUGACAACGUAGCGGGGAACGUGUCACUCCAGUCAUCUGGUCUGAAGCUGGGAGACAAAGUACUCAUCGCUGGACAGAAGGUUGGCACUUUAAGAUAUUGUGGACUCACCCAGUUUGCUACAGGCCAGUGGGCUGGAAUAGAGAUGGACGACGCAGAUGGGAAGAAUGAUGGCUGCGUGGGCGGUGUUCAGUAUUUUAAAUGUUCGCCCAAACACGGUAUCUUUGCGCCGCUCUCCAAGGUAAGAAAAGCAAAUGAACCAAUGAAGACAUUUAUCAAAAGCUCAUCAAACAAGACGACAGGUUCUAUCAAAUCUACAAAGAUCGACCUGAGCCGAGUGACUUCAAAAAUUAACACUGGUCGGCCUUCAUUCAAAAAGAAUUCGACAUUCAUCCAAAGCCAUGACGAGUCCCUGAAUUCGACAUCCUCUAAGAAAGGUCAUCAGAUUCCUGUAUCGUCCUCUAUGGGAAGCCCAGCCUCAGAGCAGAUGGAGUUCCAGCCUGGUGACCGGGUUCUUGUGGUUGGUCAGAGACUUGGUACUGUUAGAUUUUAUGGCAAAACAAACUUUGCACCAGGAAACUGGUGCGGCAUAGAACUGGAUAAACCUCAUGGAAAAAAUGACGGCUCAAUCUCUGGAGUUCAGUAUUUUACCUGCCCCCCUAAACAUGGGGUGUUCGCCCCUCCAUCCCGAGUUCAAAGGGUCUCUGGGUCUUUGGAUUCUUUGUCGGAGAUUCCUUCAAGUAAAUUGAACCAUUCGUUCCCAGGGUUUAAAAGAAGCCUCAGCUCCACAUCUACAGCUGCCUCGCAGAAAGACGUGGACAGGAGACACUCAUUUGGCCGGCCCAGAAAGCCAGUUCUUAGACGCAGCUGGAGCAGCACCAGUUCCACCAGCACCAGUGAUGGGGGAGUGAAACUGCACAAGGGUUCACAGGUCCUGCUGACAAGCUCCAAUGAAAUUGCUAUUAUACGGUACAUUGGUCCUACAGACUUUGCUCCCGGCGUAUGGUUGGGACUGGAGCUCCGUUCUGCCAAGGGAAAGAAUGACGGAUCUGUCGGUGAGAAGCGAUAUUUCCACUGCAAGCCAAACCACGGCAUCCUAGUCAGACCCGGCAGAGUGACCUACAGGGGGAUUAAUGGAUCAAAACUGGUGGAUGAGAUCUGCUGACCCUAAUUCUCUCACAGGACUGGACUUUAUUUUGGAGGUCUUGGAGUUUUGGGUUAAAUUCUUUUAUUUUUCGUGUCAUUUAAGGUUCUGUUACUAUUGUCUGAUUUCUGUUUUAUUUUUUUUUUUGGCUUUUAUUUGUUAUAAGAAUGUAACUGGAAUCAUGAAUGUAUCUCCCACUUAAGUCUGAGGUAACAUGACUUACAUUGGGGUGUCCCGGUAUCCAGCCUAACAUCACCUGUCUAGGCCCAAUGCUGGACAAACGUUCCCCCGAUAUGACAUGAUGAUCGUUCGAGGACAUAUUUUGCUGCAUCUUAUCUUACUGCUGUAAGUGUGGCAUCCCAAUGCAGGGGUUUGUUUACUAAGGUUCAAGGGUGUUAGGGUUAUCCUGCAUUAUAUAUUUAAUUUUUAAAUAUUAAAUAAAUAAUGCAUUAAAUUAAAUAUAAAAAAAUUUUUCUCUGUAGAGGAAGACUUGGUGUGAGGUCAUAGGAAAAAGUGAACUGUUUAUUGGCUAUGGGUUUCGCUAUUGGUUAUCGUGGUAGUGGCUGCGAAAUAGAAAGCUUGGCGAGUUUUUAUGUUAUAGACCAUUGUUUCCCAACCAGGGUGCCUCCAAUUGUUGCAGAACUACAACUCCCAGCAUGCUAAGCAGCAGGUAUCAUAGUCUGAGCAGUGGAUGGGAGACUAACAGCAAUGCUCCAGCUGUUGCAAAACGACAACUCCCAGCAUGCCCGGACAGCCGAAGGCUGUCCGGGCAUGCCCAGAGUUGUCGUUUUGCAACAGCUGGAGGCUCCCUUGUUCGGAAAUACUGGUAUAGACAUUACUCAUCACUGCUUAUGGGUUGUAUUAUCACAACCUCCAUUGAUGUUCUCUCUUGACCUCAGUUUAGAAUGUAUUGGGGAAUCCCUUAUAGAGAUUGUCUAGCUUCAUACACACUAUUGAAGAGAAUGUCAGCUGCAAUUUACAUACGAAACUGCUGAUACUGUUAAAGGGGUACUCCGGUGGAAAACUCUAACUUUCUGGCACCAGUUGAUUAAAAGGAAAAAAACUAAACAGAUUUGUAAAUUACUUCUAUUAAAAAAUCUUAGUCCUUCCAGUACUUAUUAGCUA